CAACCAAAUCUACACAUGGGUCAGAAUCAGUCUGGAAUGGGAGGUCCUCCCGGUGGUCCUGGAGACCAGAAAAAGGACGAAAAGAAAACUAAAAAGUGGGAACCUCCUCUUCCUACUAGAGUUGGAAAGAAGAAGAAGGGUCCUGAUGCUACUACAAAAUUACCUGCAGUGUUUCCAACCACUCGUUGCAAGCUCAAGCUUCUUAAAAAUGACCGUAUCAAAGAUUAUUUAUUACUCGAGGAAGAAUUUGUGCAGAAUCAAGAGCGUUUGAAGCCUCAAGAAGCAAAGAACCAGGCUGAGCGAUCUAAUGUAGAUGAUUUGCGUGGAACUCCUAUGAAUGUUGGGAGUCUCGAAGAAAUUAUCGAUGAUGACCACGCUAUUGUAUCCAUCUCGACUGGACCUGAUCAUUAUGUGAGCAUCAUGUCAUUUGUAGACAAAGAUUUGCUAGAACCUGGAUGUGCUGUCCUGCUUCACCAUAAGACCAUGGCUGUUGUUGGUGUUUUACAAGAUGAUGCAGAUCCCAUGGUCAGUGUAAUGAAACUAGAAAAGGCUCCUACCGAGUCUUAUGCAGAUGUCGGUGGUCUUGAGCAACAGAUUCAAGAAAUCAAGGAAGCUGUCGAGCUUCCACUUACUCAUCCCGAACUCUACGAGGAAAUGGGCAUCAAACCUCCCAAAGGCGUUAUUUUAUAUGGUGUUCCUGGAACAGGCAAAACCCUUCUUGCCAAGGCUGUUGCAAACCAAACAUCUGCCACCUUUUUGCGUGUUGUUGGCUCCGAACUUAUCCAAAAAUACCUCGGCGAUGGUCCUAAACUUGUUCGUGAGCUUUUCCGUGUAGCUGAAGAUCAUGCACCAUCUAUUGUUUUUAUUGAUGAAAUCGAUGCUAUUGGUACCAAGCGAUACGAUUCAACUUCAGGUGGCGAGCGUGAAAUUCAACGAACCAUGCUGGAGCUUCUUAACCAACUGGACGGUUUUGAUUCUCGUGGUGAUGUUAAAGUGAUUAUGGCUACAAAUCGAAUCGAAUCUCUUGAUCCUGCCUUGAUUAGACCAGGUCGUAUUGAUCGUAAGAUUGAGUUUCCACUACCCGAUGUCAAGACUAAACGUCGUAUUUUCAAUAUCCAUACUGGGCGUAUGACUCUUUCAUCAGAUGUAGACCUGGAGGAAUUUGUCAUGGCAAAGGACGAUCUCUCUGGCGCUGAUAUCAAGGCUGUGUGCACUGAGGCGGGUCUGCUGGCACUUCGUGAGCGUCGUAUGAAGGUGCAAGCAGAUGAUUUUCGCAAGGCAAAGGAGAAGGUGCUGUACCGCAAAAACGAGGGGACUCCAGAGGGUCUUUAUCUUUAACUUUGAAUGGUGUUUCUAUUGACAAACAAUAUUCUACAGCAUGCUUUUGAUUUAUUGAAAUGGAGCACUUGCAUAAGACGACGAUUAUUAAUGAAACAGGUUCAUACUGCUAC